AUGACGGGCCAGGUGAACCCAGCAAGCGAGAAGGAGUACGUCCAUGUCACUGGGGUCAACGGCAUCGACCGUCAUGACCACCACGGUCAUGAGCAUCACCACCACCGCCGGCCCGACCCUCAUUGGAAUCCCAUGAAGAACCUCCAUAAGGGUGACGAGCCUAGGCUUCCCGCCUUCGGUGGUGAGUUCCAGCCUGGUCUCUGGCGGCCGAUCGAGCACCGCAAGUUUGCCAACCCGGCGCCUCUGGGGCUGUCGGCUUUUGCCCUGACCACCUUUGUGUUGUCGUGCGUCAACCUAAACGCGCGGCAUGUCAACAUUCCCAACAUCGCCGUCCCUCUGGCAUUCGGCUAUGGUGGUCUCGUCCAGCUUCUAGCUGGCAUGUGGGAAAUGGCCGUUGGCAACACUUUCGGUGCCACUGCCCUCUCGUCUUACGGUGGUUUCUGGAUCGCGUACGGCAUCAUGCUCACUCCCAACUGGAACAUUGUUGGCGCCGGCGGACCGUAUCAGACCGACGCUGCUAAGGCGAUUGACCCUCGCAUGACAGACUCUGCGCUCGGCUUCUUCCUGACAGGCUGGUUCAUCUUCACGACCAUCCUGCUUCUGUGCACGCUGCGCUCGACCGUCAUGUUCUUCCUGCUCUUUUUUUCUCUCGACCUCUGCUUCCUCAUGCUCGCCUGCAGUCAUUACGCCGCCAACAACGGCGUUGAGACCGCUGCUCACAAGCUCACCCAGGCCGGUGGUGGCUUUGGCAUGGUGGCAGCUUUCCUCGCGUGGUACAAUGCCUUCGCCGGUAUCGCCGACAGCAGCAACUCGUUCUUCCUCGUUCCCGUCUUCCACUUCCCUUGGUCGGAGAAGGGCCGCGAGGAGAGGCUCGCCCGGACGGCUACCCGCACGGAGGAGGAGGAUGGCAAGGGUUCGGCUUAA